UUUAUCUUAAAGCGUCCGUGUGACGCUGAUUGUAUUCCUCCAGUGCCGCAAACAUGAGUGCGAGAUACGACCGAGCCAUCACUGUAUUUUCGCCGGAUGGCCAUCUCUUUCAAGUUGAAUAUGCACAAGAAGCUGUGAAAAAGGGAUCUACAGCGGUUGGAGUAAGAGGGAAUAAUAUUGUAGUGUUAGGGGUAGAGAAGAAAGCUGUAGCAAAAUUACAAGAAGACAGGACUGUGAGAAAGAUUGCUUUGUUGGAUGAUCAUGUAGCUUUGGCAUUUGCAGGAUUGACAGCAGAUGCAAGAAUUUUGAUCAACAGAGCUCGUGUUGAGUGUCAGAGUCACAAACUAACAGUAGAGGAUCCCGUAACAUUGGAGUACAUUACACGAUACAUCGCACAACUCAAACAGAAAUACACCCAAAGCAAUGGAAGGAGGCCUUUUGGAUUAUCAGCUCUCAUUAUAGGAUUUGAUUAUGAUGGUACACCACACCUAUACCAGACAGACCCAUCAGGGACCUAUCACGAGUGGAAGGCUAAUGCCAUUGGUAGAAGUGCUAAACCAGUGCGAGAAUUUUUGGAGAAGAGUUAUACGGAUGAAGUAGCGGGGAAUCAGGAGGAAUGUAUAAAGCUGGCACUGAAAGCUUUACUAGAAGUCGUCCAGUCUGGUGCCAAAAAUGUCGAGUUAGCUGUGAUGAGGGACAAGGAACCAUUAAAAAUGCUAGAAUUAGAGGAAGUUGAGAAAUAUAUUGCAGAAAUAGAAAAAGAGAAAGAAGAAGAAGCAGAGAAAAAGAAACAGAAGAAAUAGUGACUAGUGAAUUUUAUUACAUGUCUCCUGUGUCUAAUUGUCAGUGCUAAUUUGUUAGAUCACAUCUCAUGUCAUUAAAUAACUCUACAAUGGAAAA